AGCCGGCAGUGCGGCAUGGCACAGCGUCAGCAGACAGCACCGAGGCUGCACUGCAUAUAUGAUAGGAGUAGUAUAUAUCGCACGCCGCCACGGCCACGCCGUUGUAUUCAGCGGCCAUCCUCCUCCUCCUCAGUCCUCCCGCUGCACUGGGAGAGCCACACGUACAUACGGGAUCACCGGCAGUCGAGUGCGCACUGCUCACUUGCUCAGUGGUUGGAAACAGAAGCCGCCCCCUCUCGGCUCUCGCUCCUCUACUACCCUACUAUGGAGUCAGUUGCCGUCGUGGCCAUCCCGUUCCCGGCGCAGGGCCACCUGAACCAGCUGCUGCACCUGUCCCUGCAGCUCGCCGCGCGCGGGCUGCCCGUGCACUACGCGGCGCCCGCGGAGCACGUCCGCCAGGCCCGCGCGCGCGUGCACGGCUGGGGCGACGACGCGCUCCGCCGCAUCGACUUCCACGAGCUCGCCAUCUCCGACUACGCCUCCCCGCCGCCCGACCCCGCCGCGAGCUCGCCCUACCCUUCCCACCUCAUGCCCCUGUUCGAGGCGUUCAUCGCCGACGCGCCCGCGCCGGUCGCGGCGCUCCUCCGCGGGCUCUCCGCGUCCCACCGCCGCGUCGUCGUCCUGUACGACGUCAUCAACGCCUUCGCCGCCGAGGAGGCCGCGCGCCUGCCCAACGGCGAGGGGUUCGCGUUCCACUGCACCGCCGCGUCGUCCAUGGUCCCGCACAUGGACGGUGGCGCCCGGCUCCUGCGCGACGUGCACGGCCUCGACGACCAACCCGUCCACGCCUUCGUGACGGAGGAGUUCCUCGAGUUCAUCGGCAAGCGCGCGAGGUCCGCGCAGACGAUCCCGUCCAGCGCCGGCGUCGUCAUGAACACGUCCCGCGCGCUCGAGGGUGAGUUCAUCGACUUCGUCACCCAGCAGCUGGCGGCCGCCGGCGGCAAGAAGGUCUUCUCUAUCGGUCCGUUAAAUCCGAUGCUGGGCCCGAGCGCGGACGAGCUUGGCGCGACGCGGCACGAGUGCCUCGGUUGGCUCGACAAGCAGCCGGCCGCGUCCGUACUCUACGUUUCGUUCGGCUCGAUGUCGUCGCUGCGCGGCGAGCAGAUCAAGGAGCUCGCCGCGGCGCUGCGCGGCAGCAACCAGCGUUUCAUCUGGGUCCUGCGCGACGCCGACCGCGGCAACGUAUUCGGGGACUCCGACGACGACGAGAGCCGGCACGCCAGGUUCCUGCGCGAGUUCACCAGAGAAACGGAGGGAACAGGGCUGGUGAUCACCGGGUGGGCGCCGCAGCUGGAGAUACUGGCGCACGGCGCCACGGCGGCGUUCCUGAGCCACUGCGGCUGGAACUCGACCGUGGAGAGCCUGAGCCACGGGAAGCCCAUCCUGGCGUGGCCCAUGCACUCCGACCAGCCGUGGGACGCCGAGCUGGUGUGCAAGUACCUCAAGGCAGGCUACCUGGUGAGGCCAUGCGAGAAGCACGCCGAGGUGAUACCGGCGGCAGCCAUACAGGCGGUGAUCGAGAGGUUGAUGGUCUCUGACGACGGGCUACCAGUGCGGCAGCGUGCGACGGCGAUCGGCGAGGCCGUCCGUGCGUCCGCGGCUGAUGGCGGGUCAUCCAGCAAGGACCUCGAAAACUUCAUCGCUCACAUUGUACGGUGAGCUAAAGAAAGCAGGAUUAGAAAACGACCCAAUCAAGUGUUUGUUUCCGUUUGUGUUUUUCUUUCUUCAACCAAAAGGACGAAAGUCGAGUGAUUUCUA